AUGGCUAGAGCUGUUGCUCUUGCUGAUUUGUUGGUGUUGCCGAGUUGGGAGGAGAAGAAAAAGAAAGGAAGAAGGCUUGCUGCAGAGUUUCAGGAGAAAGGCAAGUUGCUGGUUCUGGGAGAAGAUAUGCUGAUGCUGGUGUUCGGAGGGGAAGAGAAAGAAGGGAUAGGUGUCGGGUGGCGAAGAUUAAUUUCAUCUUUUGAUCCAUUCUUUUUUCUUCUUUUCUUUAGGUUCUUCAUCCCGAAAUCAAUUUUUCAGUUAUUCGAGAAAGAUGGUUUACACGGGUGUUCUCUGACAUUGCCACCGAAUGCUGCAUUUCAAAAAAUAGUAGGUCCUAGGACCUGCAGUUCGAACUUAGCAAAACAGCUUGUGGGUUUAGAUGCUUGCAAGAAGAAGUUGCAUGAAUUAGGAGCGUUGAGUGACCGUCUUCUUCCUUUUUAUAAAGAUUCUCAGGAGACCAAAUUUGCUGGUUCUAAUGAAUCCACUACUGGACAUUCACGAAACUCUACUGAUUAUUUUCAUUGUGUAUUUGAAGGGACAACUAAAAGGAAGGAGCUUCAUGGGAUGGAAAGGGUCCGUGCAUUACAUGGAACUUGGGCUCAUGAACCUGAUGGUAUCACAUUGAAUGCGUAUAGGAUACAUUUUGUUUGUGACCAAGGAAAAGACAGUUACUCAGAUUUUGUCAUGUUACUCGAUUCAUCACUCGAUGACGACAUAGCAAGUGAAGAAAUAAAGCUCUACUUGACCCCUAACAAAAUUGUCACCUCAGUUAUUUCUUCUUGUGGGAAGAUCGACUUAAUUGCAGAAGAGAUUGAAAAAUCCAAAUUAUUCCAAGAAUUUUUCUUCAAUGGGAUGUUUGGUAGGCUUUUUACUGGAUCAAAGGGAUCAGGACUUAAAAGAGAAUUCUUAUUUGGAGAGCAAAAAAUGCCUUGGAGCUCUUCGAAAAUGUACCUACUUUUGCCACUGGAACCCUCAUCAGGUGUAACAGAUACUGGUAGGAGAAUAGAUUGGAUGGUUAUUAACGAGUCCAUAUCUGUCGUUGAGUACUUGAAAAAGAUAUAUUCAGUAGAUGAUGAACCUGGAAAUGCAACCACAUGUUCUCCAGUUGCAUGUGAAACAUGUGUGAAUUCCCAGUUCAUAAAAUUGGCCAACAAUGCUCUUCCUGUUAGGUGCCUCAAAGAUUCAGUAGUCUUUUCUAUUCAUGAUGGAAGAAUCUACUCUGUUCUGGAUGUGAUAAAUGAUGUUUCGUCAGAUGAUCCAUUUGAUCAGAUACAUGCACCGAAGCUCACACAACCAUUGUUACUACUCAAACAAAGUCAUAACCCAGACAACCUACUUUCAAGAUCAAGAUUUAAAGGUGAUUCCAGUGGGGAAAAGACAGCGGAGAAAGAACAAGUGCAUGCCCGCAUGCCUCCAGAACUUCUGGUUCACAUAAAUGUAUCAACUGAUAUCUUGAAGUCAUUUUAUUUGUUACCAUCAAUUAUGCAUCGAUUGGAGUCGUUAAUGUUGGCCUGUCAGCUUCGAGAUGAAAUUGCUUUCCACCAAAUUCAAAUACCGAUCUCCCUGAUUUUGGAAGCAAUAACCACUGAAAGAUGUUGUGAGAGUUUCUCUUUGGAGCGUUUGGAGCCUCUAGGGUACUCAUUGCUCAAAUAUGCAUUGAGUUGCUAUCUGUUUUUAAAAUAUCCUACAAAGCAUGAAGGCAAUCUAACUGCCUGCAGAUCACAAGCAAUUCGUAACUCAACACUUCAUAGGUUGGGAACAAGUCGUUGCUUACAGGGUUACAUACGAGAUAAUGCAUUUGAUCCGUUACUUUGGCUAGCUCCUGGACAGAUCUCCAUCCACCCUUUACCGUGCGUUUGUGGGGUGGACACUUACAAUGUGCCUAUUGAAAGGAAAUAUACGACUGAAGAGGUAUCUGUUGUGGUGGGAGUACCUUGUGAUAGAGGUCACAGGUGGAUGCGCUCCAAGACAAUUGCAGAUUGUGUUGAAGCUCUAGUUGGAGCAUACUAUGCUGGUGGUGGUUUAAGUGCAGCACUUUCAUUAAUAAAGUGGCUGGGAAUUGAUAUCACAAUCGACAAGGUGUUAGUUAAAGAAGCCAAGAUUAGUGCCUCUCAUUCGAUCCAUCAUUUGAAAGUUAACAAAAUAGAAUUGCUGGAGUCAGAACUAAACUAUAUCUUUUCUUCCAAGGGACUAUUACUAGAAGCCAUCACACAUCCAUCAUAUCAAGAGUUAGGACUUGACUUUUCAUCAAAAAAUGAGUUAGGACUUGGCUACAGUUACCAGAGACUUGAAUUUCUAGGUGACUCAGUGCUGGAUUUGCUAAUAACAAGGCAUUACUUUCUGAGCCACAAGGAUGUUGGUCCUGGAGUAUUUAGUAAUGAAAAUUUUGCACAAAUUGCUACGAGAAAUAAUUUUGACAAAUAUCUUCAGCAUGGUUCCAGGAUACUAUCAGAGAAAAUUAAAGAAUAUGUUACCGCAAUUGCAAAUCAUCAAUGUGGUAAAGAUAAGCAGAUGCCUAAUGGUCUUCCCAAGGCUCCGAAGGUUCUGGCAGAUAUUUUUGAGAGUAUAGCAGGGGCAAUAUUAAUAGACACCAAUUUCAAUCUCCAUGCUGUUAGGAAGAUUUUUGAACCCCUGCUUUCCCCAAUUAUAACUACGUCACAAGUAGCUUUAUGCUUGUUGAAGCAACUGAAGGCAGAAGAUAUCUCUCAUGAUCAAUGUACACCCAAAAGGGACAAAGAGCCGUCUAUCUCUACUACUACUGACUCCCUUCAGCUAACUGCAAAUUCGAGAUCAUCUGGACAUUGUUGCCCUUUAAAAGGAAAUAGCCAUCCGAAGACAAAUUGCAAAUCCACAAAGGCGAAGCUUGAUAGUCCUGACCUUCCAAUUACUGUUCCAAUUCGGACGGAGAAAGGGGGUCCUCGCACUGCUCUUUUCAAUCUCUGCAAGAUACAUAGGUGCCCGAAGCCCCAUUUCAAAUUAAAAGAAGAAAAAUUCAGGACUCCAAUCAUACUCAAUGGGGUGCAAACACCCAACUUUAACCUCUUUAGAGCAAUUGUGACUCUGCACAUUCCUAACUCUAAAGUAAUCACAGUCCAAGGCGAGGAAAAAACAAACAAGAAAACAGCUCAAGAUUCGGCAGCGCGGGAGGUGCUGCUUGAGCUUGAGAAGCAAGAAAUCUGCAUCCUCAAGGAGUUAUGA